AUGUUGAUAUUGGCAUUGGAUUAUGCCAAUAGCAAGCAACGUUUGCCAAGCGUCAAUGAUGCCAAGCACAUGGAGGCUGACGACGGAAGCCUUUUCCAGCCAUCGGUUUCCAGAGAGCGAUCUGACGGAUUGAAAUGGCUGGCUCGGUGUUUGUUUCCACAAGCCCGAGGCAAAUCUAAUUACCAAACCCGCGUCAACAUUGAUUCGGCAGCAGAUUCCAUGGAGGCUUGGGAUCUACCUACCUUGCCGGCGGGUGGAACAGCCGGGCAGCAAGUUCACGAAGCCGCAUCACAACCCACGAGAGCAGAGAAGCCUUCGAUCCGUUCUCCUUCAGCUGCUCAACCUGCGGAUGCUGACAUCAGCAGACGCAGGCAGACAGUGGAUCAAGCUCUUGCGGAGCAGGGCUCGCAGCCCCAGCAGCUGCCCGCAGAAUUGCUAGACGAGCUGGUUCCCGCUUCAAGCGUGGGUGAACUGCUCCCUCCUCUGCCUGCUAACGGGCAUCAACGGCAGACUCCGGAGCAAGUUGUAGAAAACGAAGCGCCGGAAGGAAAGCGAUUGGAGGACAAUCUCGUGCUCCGCGAAAGGCCUGCAUCUUUCCGGCGUGGCUUGACAUCCACUUCUUCCUCCAGGCCGACGACGGCAGGUGAAGAGUCAGCUGCUACGCAGGGUUCCCGCAUAUCAGGGAAAUCGUCCUGGCGUUCGCAGUGGACUCCUGGGCAGGCCGAGACUGGAGACGUGGUCUCAAGUACGACAAGUUUUGAGAUGAGACAUCAACCGCCGCCGCCGCCGCAGAGCGACCACAGAACUCUCAGUGGGCAGAGUGCAACUGCAUUCGACGACCCUGAAUUUCUUGUAGCACUCAAGCGUGCAAGCGAGAGUGACAAUGCAAGAUUUGCUGCACCUCCAGCACUUGGCCAGCGGAAAUGGGGGAAACCAGCCGCGGGCCAUGACGAGGCGGCCGCCUCUGCAGCUACGGCUUCCUGUGCGGACCUGAGCUGGUAUUGUGACUUCAUGCAGAGAUGCUGGAUUGCACUGUGUUGGCAGAAUCUUAUGGGAAAAACUGAGCAAUGGUCAUCCCUUGGAUGCUGUACAUGUUUUCAGCAGGUGCAGCAACGGACGCGAACAGCGUCCAACAGCUUCGCUUUUGUCCCGUUGCAAUCAGCAAAGCAAAGGACGAACUAUGGGCACAACCCUGUGGAGGUAGGGCUUUCACAAAUUGUGCAGCUUUAA